CGCCGCCUCUAUCCCUCCUCGUCACGCGCUCGGCGUUCCCCUCCUCCGCCGCGGCACAGGGCUUCCUUCGCCACGGGGCGCGGCCCUCAUGCUCGGCACCCCUCUCCUCCGCUUCGACGCAGGGGCGCGAGCCACGGGCGAAUCGAGCCGCAGAGUCCAUCCACUGCUGCCACUGCUGCUAGGACCCGCCGCCCCUUAGAUCUGAGAGGGCGAGCUGCUCCUCGCCGAGGCUCCCAAAGCUCGGGAUAUGGUAGCCGCGGGGUGUGGUGGAGCGGUGUUGGCAUAGGGGGCGAGCCCAUCUGCACAGCAGCCUUCGUGGCCGCACGGAACAGCUGCGGCAGACUCGGCGCGCGGAACAACUGUGGCAGACACAGCGCACAGAGACCUUGCCCUGAGCAACCACAUGGAUGACGAUGCCAGGGCGCUUGGCCUCACCGCCUGGGAGGAGGACAUCGCCGCUGCUUGCCUGCGCCAUCCUCCUCCUUGGGUAGCAACGCCAUGACCUAAUGCUUCUCUCUUUAUUGUGGCAGACCUAAUGCUUCUCUCUUUAUUGUGGCAGGAAUGGGGAUUUCUCUUGAUUGAAUUCGUCCUCUACUCAGGCAAGUUAUUGAUCUGAAAUGCCCCUGCCUCCCUCCUCUCCUUGCGGUAGGAAGGGGGAUUUCGUUUUGAUUGGAUUCGUUCUCUCCCUGAAUAAGUUAUAGAUCUAAAAAAAUUCCUCAUUGUGGAUGUAGACUGCUCAUCGAUCUUGGAUUUGAAGCUCUGACCUUGUAUAUGCCAAACUGAUUUAGGCGCGUUAGAUGUGCCCUGAUGUUUAAUCUUUGUCCUUGAAAAUUUAGAUACAUAUUUUGCACUUUUCUAGGUCACGUAGAUUGACUGCAGGGAGCUUAGGAGGAAAUUGUUGAUGCAUGUUGGUGCUGCGGCUGCAUAUGCAGUUUAUGUACAGUGAUAAAAUUGAUCGAUGAACAAUAAAAUUUAUAGGAUCAACAAGAUGUUCAAAUAAUAUAUUAGUCUGUUUAAAUAUGAUAUUAAUAUCUAGGUUGGUAUGAAGUGGAAAAAUAUAUAGUUUAUAGACACAACAACAACGGAAUAUGGUGGUAAUUUACCACCUAUUGCAGGAGGUGCUCUCCUUUUACCAUGCUAGCUUCUUGCAUUUGGGGGAAAAGAUAGUAGGCAUUGAACUAAAACAAAUUAUAGUGGGAUACCCUUACUGUUCUUCCGCGGCAUUGAGCCAUGCACCCAUGGAUCAGAGCAAAGUCAUUUACAGUUGCUAGAUGAAUCAAUAAUACUUUAGCAAUCUUUCAGACAUAAUGUGAUGUUAUCUGGUUUUGUGCCUUCUACAUCAUUGCAAGUUCUUUAUAUAGUUUUCGUAAUACAGCUUAUUGUGCAUUCAAGAUUUGAUAAUGCAUUUUGUACCUGAAACUAUAAGCUAAUAAGCUUUUGUUUCUCAAAUUCAGCUUACUAAAUUUCAGAAAUAUUUCAGUUUACAAUUUCCACUUCUAAAAUAUUUCUUUGCUGCUUUUAUGUUGCUGAAUCGGCUGAGAUGGUUUGGACAUGUCCAACGAAGGCCUCCUGAGGCGCCGCUGCAGCGCACCCCACUUCGCCUAGCUCUAUCCUCCUGCGUGGCAGCAAGUUCGGCUGCUGCAGCGCAGCCAAAAGAAGAGCAGAUGAACAUGGUGCAGACUGGCAGAGGCACUACUGUGGAUAAGACCACACCACAUGAGGGAGUAGAAAUGACUUUGCGCCCACUAGAAGCAACAUCCUUUUUAAAAGUUAGCAAUCUUCCUGUGUUUGAGCAGCAAUGUCUUCUUGGGUUCGAGCAGCAGUGUCUCAGGUUGCGGCCGGCUUUUGUGUGCCCUACAUCUCCAGCAAGAAGAGUCCGAUGCAUGGUACCUGCAGUCUGCAUCGACCUCAACAUGCAAAUUGUGUAGCAUGGUGAUUAGCUUUUAGUUUUAUUUAUUUGGUAGCUAUGCAUACUUACUGUUAUAUGUAGAUUUAUGUUGUUCGGAUAUGAUGUAAUAUUGAUGUUCCAAAUGCCGAAUAAAUACCUGAUGUUAGGAUAGAUUAGUACUUGAAUAUAACCAUGGUGAUCGAAUGUACUGUGAUGUUGAUGAUUGAAAUGCCAGACAAACACCUCAUCGAUAGGAUAGCUUGGUGCUCGGAUAUAUUGUAAUGUUUAUGAUUCAAAUACCGGAUAGAUGCCUAUGUUAAAAUAUUGAUGAUCUUCUUACUACCCGGAUGUGGUGGUUUCAUAUUCAA